CAUAGCGUGAAGAGAUCUCGCGCUAAGUGCUAGGGCGCGCCAAGUUUCAAAGUGCUUCCUGGAGAGAAGGUGCGCAAUAACAAUUAUCACUACGAUCGACAGAACUUUGUUCGAAAAGUGAACAUUUUCGAUUGUAUUGUGUUUUUGUUAAACGGGUAAAUGCACGAAGUUGUUAACUUAUGAACAAAAGAGUUCGCGGCUAUCAGAAAACGCUGCUCUGAAGAUGGAAGACGUUGAGAUUUGAAGGUGCCAUUUGUUUGUUCUUCAGUACAAUAGAUUGUAAAGUAAAAAGCGGUGCUUGGUGGGAUGCUGUCAGAGGUGCAGCCAUGUUUCCAGCUUCUGAGGAUUGGUUCAUCCCCAAUCUCUAGCUGCGUCUCCAACAAAGAUUUGUACACCUUUCGGCCCGCCUUGGCCCGCUGUGUAUUUCGUCUUGGUAGACAAGUGGACAUUUGUGAUGUGGUCCUGCAGUCUGAAAGUUGUCUUAUUUCAAGGCUCCAUGCAGAAAUUCAGGCGGAGAGGGAUGAGGAGAACACCACUGCUGAUUGGAGAGUUUUCAUUGUGGAUCAAAGCACAAAUGGUACAUUGGUGAAUGACAUGCGUUUGCAACGAGGGGAACGUGUGGAGCUUAAUGAUGGGGAUACCUUGAUUUUUGGAUUGCAAGAAGAUCUAACUGGUUGUAAUGUCUCUCCACAAGAUCACUGUGAAUUCUAUUUCCUCUUCCAGAAGGUUCAACUGCGACCUCAGGAUUUUGAUGCAAUCACCAAACCAAAGGUCACUAAUUCUGCUUCCUUGAAAAGUUCCUUGGUGCCACAUGGCUUCACCCCUGUCUCCCCCAGCAAAGAAGGUGUGAAAGAGCUCACUCGCCGACCACUGACUUCAUCACCAGGAGGUAGAGCCACACUUAUACUUAAUUCAAUCGGUAGCAUUAGUAAACUACAAACACGACCACUAACCUUUCAUCCAGAAAAAUCAAAUGUAGCUGUGAGACGGCCAAAACUUGCCUUCACGUUGCCUCCUGUUAGCACAAGUGAAGAAAUUUUCUUACAGAUGCCUCCAUCAUCUCAGCCAUCAUCAUUGUCCUCCCCUUCAUCUUCUGGUGGAAGAGCGUCCAAGAACAGGAGGAAGUCGGCACACACUGUAUUACCAGAGUUGGAAGAUGAAAUCCAGCGCUUUUCAGAGGAAGUAAUGCAGAGUGCAGCAGCCAAAAGAAGACUCUGCAAAUCUGAGUCAGAUGCUGAACAUGAACUGUAUGGCCAUGCACAGACCAACACUGACGGGCACCUUCAGAGUGAUGCAGCACCACAGGGGAGGCGUAGGAGGGUCCAUAGUGAUAUAGUUUAUCACUCACCAUUAACAAGGGAGAAGAAUAAUAAAGAAUGUAAUAAUGUACUUAGUCCAUCAUCACCUCCUAUACGCCUAAAGAGUGAACAAGAAAGAGGAAUAGAAACGCGGAAGAAGAGUACUGAUAAAGCACAGGGUGAAGCAAAUCGAAAAAUGCUCCAAAAGUUGCAUAUCACACCUACUGGGAAAAGGCGUGGAAGACCAAGAAAACAUCCAGUUGACCAAGUGGUUUCACAUGCUCAUUAUGGGGAGAUGUCCCCUAAGGUUUCUGGUUGUGAAAUUUAUCAUUCUCAAUGUCCUGUUCAGAGUGGAAGAACAAUGAGAUGGCUGCCCUCUGAAACAGUUAAUGGAGAACCGUGUGCUGCCCAGCAUUGCCAUUUCCCACAAGAGGAAACCGUGCAGUGGGUUCAGUGUGAUGAUUGUGAUGCAUGGUAUCAUGUGGCAUGUGUUGGAUGCAGUUACAGCACAAUUAAAGACUCUUCUGCAGAGUUCCACUGUGGCUGUCAGUGACUAAUAUGGUCCUAUAUUAAAGCCGACCACAGCACAUGCCAAUGGAAGAUAUUAUACAUGUUGCUUUUAUGAUAUAUUAACAAACCAUACCAUUUUCAAAGUCUGCUUAAUCCAGAGUAAGGUUAUGGGUUGAGGUGUGGAGGGGAGGUUAGGAGUCUAUCUCAGCAAGCAUAGGGCGAAAGGCAGGGAUAGUUUCCCUGGACAGAGCACCGGUCCAUCACAGGGUGAGCACACACACACACACACACCAGGGCCAAUUUAGCUUCACCAAUCUACCUAACCUGCAUUUCUUUGGACUGGGGUACCUAGAGGAAACCUCCGCAGACAACAGGGAGAACAUGCAAGCUCCAUGGAGGACACGGAGAAUGAACCCUGGUCUCUUUAACAUCAUGCGUCUGUGCGACUGAGUAACAAACCUAGCUGUUCACAACCCCGUUAUCUUAUGGAUAUUAUGUGUAUAGUUUGAAGUUGCCAUAGCAAGUAACAAAUAUGUAUUACCUUUUGAGGAACCAGGAUAUGUUACUUGAUGCAGUAUGUUUGCUCUUAACUGAUAUACAGUACAAGUAUUACUGAAAUAAUGCAAUAGGGUGAUUAAAUAUUUUUUAACUUGUUUAUUUCUCUUAGCUUUGAUAUAAGAGAAGACACGCUCAUUUUCCAUCUAUCAUCAUAAAGCAAGUUAAAUUUUGCUUCCUUCCUUGUUUACAUUCUGUCAUUAACAUUUCCAAAACUUGCAUGGAUUUGCAGGCUCAAUGCAGACAUUUUGUAUUAGACAUCUGGGGCCUCAAAUAUAAAACUUGCUUUUGCUCGGAAACCUGUAAGCUGUUUCUGUGCAAAAGUUUUUAUUUGUAAAACACAGACUUAGCUUAGAAAUUGGCUUUAAGUUUCAACCAUUCGCAAGUCCUAUGCAGACCUUUUUGGUGUUUGCAUUUUAGAGACUCCAGGCAGCAGGACAAUGAAGUGAACAAAAAAAUCUGGUUUCAUUGUCUAUUUCAAUAAAAUGUCAGUUCUAUUUUGAUGUCGAUCCAUCCAUUUUUUUUAAACCCAGUUGUUCUAAACCUAUAACAGAACAGGUACUGAAUAAUUUCUGCAUGGUGAACUCUAUAAUAUAGGGUCUUUUUCAGCACACAAUUCCAAGUGGACAGCUCUAGGACAACAACAACAUUUAUUUAUAUAGCACAUUUUCAUACAAAUGACGUAGUUCAAAGUGUUUUACAUGAUG